UGCAGCAGCAGCAAAUGCUAAAGAAGAUGAGGGCAUAUUUAUUGAUUGUGCUGUUGACUUUUCUCACAGAUUCCUUUAGUAAAGUCCAAGAGCUGAGGGUGGAUUUUGACUUUCCUGGAGACAAUAUUCUGCAGAUUUACUCCCCAGACCCCCAGCACUGUCAGCUUGCCUGCACACAACACCAUUCCUGUUUAUUCUUUACAUUUCUUCGAGCAGAUUGGACCAAAGACAACAGGAAAUUCUACUGCUACCUGAAGUACACAGCCUCUGGAGUGCCACAUAAAAUUCAAUAUUUGAAAGGUGUGACCUCUGGGUUCUCACUCAGCACCAGGUACAAAACAGAUGCCUGUAUGUCGUCUGUAUUUCAGGAUGUAGAUUUCACAGGAUCAGACUAUCUCCAGUUGACUGUAAAUACUUAUGAUGACUGCCAGAAGCAAUGCACCAGAGAUCCAGACUGCAUGUUUUUUUCAUUCACAACAGAGACUUUUCCAGAUUCAGAGAAAAGGAAACGCUGCUUUCUAAAGUAUAGCUGGAACGUCCCAAUACCACCAGAAAUCCGUAACACAUCCGGUGUUUCAUCAGGUUUUUCAGGUUCAUUGUAUAAGGCCAAGGGAACAAAAAAAGAAUGUAAGGAGGAGAUCGUUACCAAUACAGAGUACCCAGGAAAUGACUUUGAGGAUGUUCCUGCUGCUUCACCUGAACACUGUCAGUUCCUGUGUAGCACACAUCCCCGCUGCACCCAUUUUUCAUAUCCCUGGUACCGUAUGAGAUGCUUUCUGAAGUAUAAGCAAGAUGUAAGCCAGCUGAACACUGCUACACCGAAAGAAGUUUCUUCCGGAUUUCCCACACGAAACUGCGAGCCCUCAAAUGUCUGGGCAACAACACGCUAUAGAGAUGUGGACUUCCUUGGCUAUGAUAAUCGUUAUUUUCAAACAGCCACAGUUGAAACCUGUAGAGAAAUGUGCACAGCAGACCCAUACUGCCAAUUUUACACUUAUGUCCUGACAACUUUCCAUAAUAAAGACUUCUGGUACAGAUGCUAUGUGAAGCAGGUCAUGAUUUUGCCCAGACCUGUGAAGGUGGUGUAUAUGCCUGGUGUGGUGUCUGGUUUCUCUCUGAGGAACUGCAAUACCGCUGAAGAUGAAUCGACUGCCAACCCUGGUUUAUUAUACUUAAGUGGAUCUGCAAACUGUGGAAAGUCUGGUAAUGUAAGGAUUAGGAUUUUUGGAGGUUCUGAUGCCACAACAGGUGAAUGGCCCUGGCAGGUAACCCUGCAAAGGGGAACACAACACCUCUGUGGUGGUUCCAUAAUUUCCAGCAGAUGGAUACUGACUGCAGCACACUGUUUAUCUCUGCCAUACACACAGGUUUCUGUUCGGGCUGGAAUUACUAAGCUAUCAGAAACUGGUACAAAGUAUGAGCUGGAAAACAUCAUUGUACAUCCUAACUACAAUAAAACCAGUGUAGAAAAUGAUAUUGCUCUGAUAAAAAUCAAGAAACCGAUCACAUUCAACAAUGUUGUUCGACCAGUCUGUCUGACGGAAAAAGUAAAGGAAGCCGAAUUUCUCCAGGGAAAAAAAUGCACUGUGACUGGAUGGGGAAGGCUUAGUUCAGGGUCAUUCCCAGAUACACUGCAGAAAGCCCAGGUUCCUCUCAUAAGUUCAGAUGUGUGUGCGGAAAUGUUGCCAGAAGAAGACAUGAAGCCCAACAAAGUUUUUCCCUCUAAUCUGUGUGCUGGGUAUCCAGAGGGUGAAAUAGACUCCUGUGAUGGGGAUUCUGGAGGUCCACUGGUGUGUCAAGAUGAGAGCACCUGGUAUCUAACAGGAAUAACCAGCUGGGGAUUGGACUGUGCAAAGCCAAACAUCCCCGGAGUGUACACUCGUGUUUCCUACUAUGUACCCUGGAUUAGAAGUAUGAUAGUUAGCGGGAAGGAAUAGCCUACUGCAGAAAAAGUAAUAUAACAACGAUGUCAUAAACUUGUGCCAGAACUACAGUUUAGUCACAGUCAUUAUUUUCACUUUUAGACUUUAUACUGUGUUGAGAAGGGCUAGACCUAAAAAAAAUAGUUUUCUGAUUUUUCAUUAAAAAUAGUGAUUAAACCAUGUAGUGUUCAUAUUGUACCUACAGAACAGGAACUAAACUACUGCAGAUGUGUGACCGACAUUAUCUAUGUGAAGUUUUGUGAAAUCAUGGUGCUUAAUUGUUGUUGUUGAUGUUGUGAUGAAGUGGUUGUGUAUCUGAGGGAAGACAUCAUGUUUUAGUCAAAGACAUCAUUAGUUAUUACAUAGACACCCCCAGAUACACAAUUAUUUGCUUUAACAUCCUGUACAUAUUCUGGGCUCUUCCCGUCUAUAUAAAUAAAAGAAAGGUUUUGUCUGUAAAUUGUUUGUCUGUAUGUAUGCAUGU